AUGAUUUUCCGCCAGCUGCUUUCGUGUCUUGUACACGUCGCCGCUAUCAGUGCGGCGUGUAUCUUCCCUGGAUUCGGCGUCAGCGGGAAAGAAUCUGUCGUGGGGGAGUCUAGACCUCACAAAGCGCAUCUACAGAACUAUUCGAACGUUGAGACAGCAACCACAAAUGCUUUUCAAAUUUCAUCCGACGUGUACGACCCGUCGGCUGCAAGAUGCAGCCAUCUAUCACUCAACACACGUCCCUGCUCUUUUCAAGGAAACAUGGGCAAGUCUUCUAGUGUCCAAGAAACACCUCGGCUUUCGAAGAAGACGGCGGGGGAUCCUGUGAGAGAACACACGGACAACGUUCUCUUGCUAAGACAGAGCAAAGCCGCUUCCACCAGUCCAGUAAAAAGAGUGACCAACGGAAGCAUUCGCACGGACGAGACCACUCACAGCGGGUGCGAGGAAGACGAAUUUCAAGAUGUGAUCCGUACCGAGGAAAUGGACCCACAGGUUGUUCUGGUUGAAUCUUCCAAAAAUCGUGGCCUCUAUCUACGUCCUCCCCAGCUUCCUAGCGACAUUUCAGCUACUGAACUGUCGACGUUUCUUGCACGGCUGAUGGGAUCUCCACUGUUGUUUUACGGCCCUUUCGACAAUCCUGAUGACCCCACACUCUUGACCGCUGCUGCCUUAGAAGCCGCCACAUAUUGGUCGAAAUCUAUUGAAAAUUUGGGCACUGUUCUUGAUGUUUUGUAUACUGCCUGGGAACGUCUGAUUCUCCUUCCCUUCAGCAUCAAACGCUCACGGUCAUCCUUUCUGAAACAGCCUGCACAACCGGAUCCAGUGAUUCCCUCUCCUGGCUCACCGCAACCCAAUCCUGCCCCUUCUCCCGGUAAUCCUCAGCCUGGACCCUCUCCUUCGCCCGGUGGCUCACGUUAG